AAGAGUUGUUCUGCAAGUUGAGAGAAAGUCAACUUAUUGUGUUUUGCAUAGAGAUACAUAGAUUUAUUUAUUUAUUUAUUUAUUUUUUGCUGGGUGAUUAUCGCUGAAGGGGACCAUGGUUAUGUUGAAGAUCUCUGCUUUCCUUGUUGCCUACGCCCUGGUCAUUUGCCAGAUGUACUGCUCACAAGCCGCCCCUGCCAGACCGGGUUUAGAGUCCAUGUCAGACCGAGUCACGCUCACGGACUACGAGGCGCGAAGGUUACUCAACGCCAUCGUGAAGGAGUUUGUGCAGAUGACAGCAGAGGAGCUGGAACAGCAGGCGACUGAAGGAAACAGCAGCGUUACAGCACAGAAGCGAGCCUGCAACACAGCGACCUGCGUGACUCAUCGCCUGGCGGACUUCCUCAGCAGGUCGGGAGGAAUGGGCAACAGCAACUUCGUCCCCACCAACGUCGGCGCCAAGGCCUUCGGCAGGCGGAGGAGAAGCGUCCAGAUGUAAGCACCCAAGAACCUUCAUGGAAAUGAGGUUGAAAAAAAACUGAGAACAGAAACCAACAAAUACAAAAUCGAGCAGAAAAUAAACUCUGAACUGGCCCUUUAUCCACUCUCACGUUCUUAUGGAAAAAAGACACCACUGGACGUCUCGUCCCAUCUCCAUCCUGUUAGUGAAAUCUUUUGCUUUUGGCAAAUAAGAGAAGAAAAAAAUGAGAAAAAAAGCACUUUAGUUUAUGUACAUGAACAAAUGAAAUCCUGAAGUAAAAAAAGCAUCCUUUAUGGUUCCUCUUUUUUUAUACAUGACUAUCAUUGGAAAAUAAAAUGAAAACAGCAGUGGUUAUCACCUAAUUAUUUUCCUCCUUUCACCUCGUUAGAGCACAUUUCUUCCUUGCGAUGUUUCCCAUUUGAGAUCCAUGCUCCCCCCCCCCCCCCCCCCCCCCCCCCCCUCUCCUCUCGAGGGUACCCUGUUUUUUCUGUGUGCCAGAGGGACGCCAUUAAAGAUCAGCCUACCCAAGGCCCCCCCACAACGGCUGUUGUCUUGUGCCUUGAUGUAGAACAAUUUACAUGAACAUGAUUGUACAGUUCGGUAAAGAAGACCCGAGCGAGGAUGAAGAGAAUGAAGACAGAUUAAUAUUGUAAACAAUAUUGUGAAAACUAAUUUCAGCAAGAUUAAAAUGUAUUUUAGAUACACUCGGGUUUGGGGUACUUGUGUUGUUCUUCAAAGGUUUUCAAGCAUUGACGUGCAGAAAGUAACAGAGUAAUAGAGAGGCUGAAAAGCUUAUAUUUGUACAUGAAAUGUUGGAGCAUUAAUAAAAAAUGGUCUAUUCAUUAUAAACUAUAAUAGAACCUCA